CUUGCAAACCACCGUCGGUCAGAUCCCAGUCCUCUCCUUACUCUGAAACACAAAGACUCUGCAGCAACAAAUGGUCAAGAUUCUUCUCACUUGAUCUUGGUGACUUUUGAGAGGAAGGUAACGACCACUAGAAAAGUCACCAUCCCAGGUAUUCUGGUUCCUGAUAUAAUGGCUUUUGACUUUAGAGCUCAGAUUGUGGCAGUAGCCUCUAAUACUACUAAUAUUGUUCUGGUGUAUUCAGUUACCUCUUCUUGCAUGCCUCACAUUCAACAAAUCCAGCUGGAAAAAAAUGAAAGACCAAAGGGCCUAUGCUUUUUAACAGAUAAACUCUUAUUGAUUCUGAUUGGCAAGCAGAGGUUCCCUGAGCCUAAUCUCAUUCCAUCUUCAAGUUCAGACAGGUACGUAAUGCGUCUUAUGGUCAAAGAAUUGAUGCUGGAAGAAAAUUCUUCAGCAUUGCCUGAGACUAAGCAGAAUACAUUUUAUAACUUUGAAUCUUCUGUUAAUAUACCUGGAAAAAGAAAAUUCUUUGAGAAUCUUGCCACAGAAGACCAACCUCAAACCAAGGAGUUGUUAAUACCGAGAAGCACAGUUAUUCAGUCUCCAAGUGGCAGGAGAAGACUCAUUGAAGAAGUAAAGAGCCCUAGUUAUGAGCAGAGCUCUUCAUCAAGUGUGAGUGACCUGGAUGAAAAAAGGCUCCCAGGUGACUCCUCAGUGGCCUUGGAAACAUUGGAUACUGAACCUAUGAAUCGCUCAGUGUCUCUCCGUGGUUUUGGAUCACCUAGCAGGAUUUCCAGCAGACCAACAUCCCCUAAAGUGCAGUUCAAUGUGAUCCAAGAAACAUCGAAUUCUCCUAAAAACAACAAUUUGCCAAGUGAAAGGGGAAUGAGUCACAUAUCUAGAAAUUUGGAGAGACUUUGUGGCAGUUUCAAUGAGUUACAGCUGAGUCUUUCCGAAAUCACGGACUUCGCUAGGAAUGGGAGGAGGAUAUCUUUCGCCUACCCAUGCUCCCAGGAACCGCCUGUCGUGCACGUCACUUACCAGAAAAGCUUUUCAAAUGGAUCAGUUACUGAAGAAACAAAAGAUGUUCUCCUCUGUGAUGGCAAGAUCCAUUUGAGUUUAGUCCAGCAGCUGUUUGAUCUGCCUGUUAUUGAAAUGAAACACGGCUCUUCCUGGAUUGUGCUCACUGCAGACAAGGAUGGCUUUGUGCCAUUAAUAUUCAAAGCCACACAAGAGAUAAUCAUAAGGGAUGGAACUGACAGUUCAGAAGUCUAUGGAGGUCACUCCCGCAAAAAAAGCAUCCCAAUGCAACCACCAAGCAGAGUGACAUAA